UUUGGAUGAAAUGUAAAUUUAUAUUAACACCCAAAGAAACUCUGUACAAGACAUGUCCUAGAUCUCCUAAAACCUCCCCCACCCCACCUAAAGUGGGGGUGAAAGGAGGUUUUUAUUCGAUCUAUUUAAUGCCCCAAAAAGGACCAAGCAUGGUACUUGGUCAAUCGAAAAAGUACAAAAGAAGUACAUCGGAGCUGCUAUGGCACGCUCACAGAUCGGAGGCUAAAGCAUCAAAAAAAUACAAGGAUGGUGCUAAAUGCAACGCAUCCCAACAAAUUCUAAAGUUUUGUCAGUGCCGCGACAAAAUUCACGCCUAUGGCCGUGUCAUCCAAGUCCCACCUCCCAUGGCAGUAUCAAGGGUUAAGGGAUUAACCUUAGUCAACAUUGCCCAUGCGUCAUGCCUCCCCGGAGGUUUCUGCGGCGGCAUUGCGGCUACAUACAUCCGCCCUCAAAUUCCAGAAGGUAUGUUGUUAUGAUCCUCUUCACAAUUUAACCAAAUCAUGCGGGUAAAUGUUGAACAGGAUCUUAUACACAACAUAUUUGAUCUUUAAGAUAAUAUCCUGUUCUGUUCGUUUCCCAUCAUCAAAUCUGAUUUCAUUCCGUGCAUGCCAGAUGUGGUAGACCGUCGCACAGAACGCAAUUCGAGUUGCUUUAGCUUUCAACUUUGAGCCUUUGUGCGUCUUCAUGAUCCAUUUUACUGCACUAAGUAGUGUUGUCAUGUCUCGCGUCAACCCCAGCCAUUCCCGAAUUUCCUUCCAUACCCUACAAGUAAAGGAACACCGGAAGAAGAGGUGUGGUAUUGUUUCAUAACCACCCUUGCACAAAUCACAACGGUUAACUAUAUGAAGAUAGCCAAGGCUAUCCUGCGUAGGAAGCCGGUUUCGAAAGGCAAGCCAUGCAUUAAACGAAAAUUUUGGAGGAAUAUAGGACUUCCAUAUGAAACUCAUAGGAGCCCUAACCCCACUCUUGACUCUUAACAGCUCAUAAACCUUUGCGGAGGCUAAUUUACCAUUCACGGUUCGCGAGGUAAGUCCCAAUAUCAUGUCAUUAUGAUUGUUAAAACACGAUCGAAUCUUAUCUCGAAUGAGACUCAACCUUUUCAUUAGUUGAGAGUCUCGGGUGUGUGGGACAUAGUCCCACACGGUUCUACCCUUAAGAUAGACACCGUUCACCCACCUCACCCAGAGGGUGUCUUUCUUUCUAUGGACGUCCCAUAAGGUACGGGAGAGGAGAGCAUGAUUCCAUACCUUCGCAUUAUGAAUCCCAAGCCCCCCUUCCUCUUUAGGAAGACAGAUAUCAUCCCAAGCCACCUUAGAGAACUUCCCACCCCAGAGGAAGAUACGGCAUAUCGAGACAAUUCUAUCUAGAAUCGUUUGGGGGACGGGGAAGACUUGAAGCCAAAACGACUGGACCCCUUGGAUCACAGAACGUAUCAGCUCCAUUUUUCCCGCAUAGGAGAUGGUCUUAGUAUUCCAAGUUUUUAGGAAAUUAUUAACAAUCUCCAAAAGGGGAGCAUACUGAGCCACGGAAACUUUGAGUGGCGCGAGAGGAAUUCCAAGGUAUCUUACUGGAAAUUCCCCACGCCUAUAGUCCACAAGGUCAAGGAUAUUUUGUAAUUCAAAGUCAUGCACACCCCCCACAAAGAUAUUCGACUUGGUAUUGUUAACUCUAAGGCCUGACACAUCCCCAAACUCUUUAAGAGUGUUGAUAAGUAUCUCAAUGGAGUACUUGUCGCCCCUAGAAAAGAGCAUAAGAUCAUCUGCAUAGGCCAAGUGAGUUAUACCCAAGGUACCACACAGGGGGUGAUAAUUAAAACUCGAAGAAUUAGCUCUAAUGGUUAGGAGUCGCGAAAAGUAUUCAAGACAAACCACAAAGAGUAAUGGGGACAUAGGGUCCCCUUGCCUAAUACCUCGCUUACCCUUAAAAAAACCAUGCAAAAUUCCAUUCAAAGACACGGAAAAAGAUGCAGUAGAAACACACACCAUAAUCCAAUCAACAAAACGCUCGGGGUAGCCCAAGCCCCUGAGCACACCCGCUAAAAAGUCCCAUGAUAUGGUAUCAUAGGCCUUGCGCAAAUCCACCAUAAUCAUACAACGAGGUGAUAUACGUUUCCUAUUGUAUCCUCUAACAAGUUCCUGGGCAAGGAAAAUGUUAUCAAACAUUAGGCGGCCAUCCACAAAAGCACCCUGUGCUUGGUUAAUCAAACCCGAAAGUGUGGGGGACAUUCUAGUCGCGAUGAUUUUUGCAAUGAUUUUGUAAAGAACGUUCGUACAAGAAAUUGGUCUAAAAUCUGAGACCUUUGGGGAGUGAUUUGUUUUAGGAAUUAGCGCUAUAACAGUAUGAUUUAACUGUUUUAGUAGCUUUCCCGAGUCAAAAAACUCUUUGAUCGCACGGAUCACAUCCUCCCCCACAAUAUUCCAAUUCUUUUUAAAGAAGGCCGAUGAAUAGCCAUCCGGCCCCGGUGCCUUAUCAUCCCCAAUAUCGAACAAGGCAUCCUUAAUUUCCUUGUUAGAUACCGGAGAUACAAGGCUAUCAUGAACGCUUGGUUCAAUCAUAGGGCCUGUUCCCAUGACCGAUUGGUCAAUGGAGGAGCAAUUCAUCUCAGUGCCAAAUAAAUCAAUAAAAAACUUUACAAAUUCUCUACCAACUUGAUCCGCAGAUGUAGUACAACUGCCAUCAUCAAGGGUAAGAGAAGUAAUUGUGUUCCGGGACAUGUUCCGCUUAACAAUAGCGUGAAAGUACCGGGUUCCUUUGUCGGCUUCAAGAAUGUGUGUCGCUUUUGCCUUUUGUUGGUAGAACCUACACUCGGCCUCCCCUAGGAAUGUUGCCCUUUUUCUAGCCACCAUCAACUGUUCUUUAAGCUCAUCAUUAUGGGGCGAAGCAAACCACAACUUGUUUAGCCUCUUGAAGUCAUCCUUCGCACACUUUGCCUUGGUAGAUAUAUGGCCAAACUCCAUCUUGUUUAGUUCCUUAAGAGGUUGUUUAAGUCUCUUUAGUUUCUUAGCAAUUUGGUAUUGAGCCGUACCUACAAUUGUCACAUUCCAACUUUGCAAAACAACAUUAGCAAAAGCAUGGUGUUGAAUCCACAUAUUAAAGAAUUUAAAUGCCCUUGGCCUAUUGGACGUGUUAUUGAGUAUUGAUAUUACGGAUGCCGUAUGAUCAAACUCAACCUCCAUUUCAUGGAAAUGGGCCACAACCGAUAAGCCAAUUUGGCUCCAAACAUCAUUUAACAAUACACGAUCAAGUUUCGCCCAGAUUGUCCCUUUAUUCCACGUAAAGAAUUCACCAGUAGAGGGAGCAUCUUCUAGGCUCGCUUGGAUUUUAAAAUCAAAUAGGUGUUGCAUCAUGUAAGCUGUGGGGGGGUUACUCCCCAACCUUUCAUUCGGAGCACACACACAAUUAAAGUCCCCCGCUAUAACCCAAGGUUUGGUAAUACCAUUCCCUAAGAUAGCAAGUUCAUCCCAUAAUGCUUUGCGCUCCAAGACAGUAUAAACUGGGUACACCAUAGUAAUUAAAAAGUCCAAUUGGGAGGUACAACAUAUACCUCCGAUGUGCAUAAACUGUGACUCAACAACCUGAAUAGUACAAUUUACUAUGUACGGGUUCCACAUCAAUGCCAUACGGCCACCAUUUAUUUUUGAAAAAUUUGUUUCAAACUCCCAGCCAGGCCAUUUGUUUGAGACAAACUUUUUAAAACUGGCCUCAGUCAUUUUUGUUUCAAGAAAACAACAAACGCUAAUAUUAUUAGACUUAAUAUAACUAGCAAUUAUAUUAUGUUUGGAGGUUUUAUUCAAACCCCGAACAUUCCACACAAGAAAAUUAACCAUAAAUAAUAUAAUUUAAAUUUUAGUAAUCCGAGAGCAUAGGUACCCUCAAAUAAACCCGUAAGGUAUCAAGAAAGGUAGAAAUCCGGGUUGAAAUCAUCCGGGUCAAUUCCUCCUUUGUCCUUCUUUUCUUUUCUUGCCCUUCUCCUCAUUUCUUUUAAAUAUUUCUUAUUCCUGUCCAGGUUAGGGUCAAAGAAAGAUAAUACGCGAGUAAUAAAUUUAGAUUUAUCAAAUUCAUACCAAUCAUCCUUCUUUUUAACCUCCGGGCAGCUGAGUAGGAAGUCUUCGGUGAAGUUUACAACAUUGUCAUCGGCACUAGGCUCAUCCAGAUUAGGUCCCAGUCUGACAACGGUGACUCCCUUCGGUAUAUGAUCCGUUUCCCAAGCAUAGGCAACUGUUUUGCCCUUAUCAUUCACCUCAAAUGUUGUGAUGACAUCGUCGAACCCCAUUUCAUACAUAUUUGUCACCAAAUAGCCCUUGCCCCCAUUAAUUUCUUUUUCUCCACGGGUUUCAACGAAUGGAAUGGAACCGGCAGCCUGCUCUUUCAUGCAGACCAGUCUCCGGGAGUUCCAAUAGUCAACAUUUUCCUUGGCCUUUUACAAUGAUAACAGAAGUCCGGGAAGGUCUCAUAGGUCACACGUUGCAAAUAUUCCUUUCCCGAUGGGGGGACAAUAGGAAAUUGGGUGAUAGGAGCCUUAGAAAUGUCCACUUCAAUGAGCACUCUAGCGAAAUGGGUGUAGACCGUAUCCUGUGUGACCUUAUCAGUGGUGAUAGGCACACCCACUUGAGACGCGAUCAUUCCCAGCUCCCUUGCCUUCCAAAGCCGCAUGGAUAAGUUAGGGAAUUUUACCCAAAUGGGCACCUUAAGAAACUCAUCUCCGUCCGUUGAAAAGUCCUCAGAUAACACUUUAAGGAACAUAGUUUUACCAUACAAGAUAUAGGGCCCCUCGGCCAGCACAUGCAUCCGGUCUUCAUCAGAUUUGAAUUUAAAGAUGACCCAACCCUUGCUGUGAGAUUUGACUUCCACAUCUACAGACCAGUUUGCAAUCAUCUCAUGAAUGGCCUUCAAACCUGGGAAUCUGCCAGAGAAAUGGCCGACUAAGCAGUAGCCCCAAACUUCAAUCAAAGUAGGAACUUUGAGGUGUGAAAAGUCAAGUUUUUCCCCCGUGGGGGGGAAGUACUCAAGUUUGAGCCCGCUGGUUGGGGCUCUAUUGUCUCGGAAUAGGGAGGUCCACUUCUUGGGAGCAUUUUCAGGGACAAUAUUUUCCUCCACAGUCUUCAGAGGUAGUGUGUCCUGAGACCCCAGCGAAAUUGAUAUUUCAGGCUCAGACUGGCUGUCUACAUCAGUUUGAUCCAAAGAUUCAAUGAUAGGUUCCUUCCCCGGUAAGAUAGCAAGAGAUAACUCAGUUUGUGUGACAAGGUUUGAGGAAGCAGAUCCCAUGCCAAGUAGUGCAGCAGCAUACGACCCAACUACCUCAGAGCCUUGAGAAGCAGUAGGUUUGUUAGCCAUGUCCGGAAGGGGGGCAGGUGUUAACUCAUGGGAAGGAGUAUCACCCUUAUCAGUUUGUGUACAGGCUGAAAGGGGGCGACCAGAUUCUUUGUCAGGAACCACAUUAUGGAGAGUGGUUGUCUCCAUAGCAUUGGAGAUCAGACCUGCCUCCACAUUGGUUGGCACAGCAGUGGCCUGUAUUUCCAGGGCGUGUGAAGCUUCAGUGGAGUUAGAAGAGAAAACAGGGCAAUCAGCAGGUAGGACCUCCUUGAAAACACCCUUGUUGAUCAUCCUCUCAGACUGGAUUGCAAGUUUUGCAGCCUUCUUGUCAUUCAAGUACUUAAUUUUGUCCUCAAACAAUUUAUCUUUUGCCGGAGGGGUACGAUGUUGCUUAUUCUUCCUUGUCAUUUGGAGUUUACAGCAGCCUGCAUGUUAGUCAGCACAAAAACAAACAACCAGGCCCCAAAGGUGACCACACUGACCCAAGCUGGACCAGACAAGGAAUAUUUCACCCAGACUUACUCCACAGAAUGAAGCAGCAGGAGAAAGCAGUACAAGAUAGAUACACACAAUACUCCACAAAAGCUACUAUUCAGAACCCAGAAUCACAGGUCACACGUAUACAGAACAACUCAGAAAGCAGUAUGUUUGAACCAAGAGCUUCAAAUUAGUAAUUCAAAACAAACAAGUUCACUCACACAAAGCAAUCUGAAAUGGAAGGAGCAGGGUAUGAAGAUUCGCAGAGUCACAAAGAGGGAAGGGGAUAUGCCAAUUAAUUUAAAGGAACUGGAAAAAAGAAGACUUAGCUUCGUAGUAACCCAGCCAGAGCCUCCGUAUAACCAGCAACCAGAAUAUGCAAUACUCUUUCAUUGACA